AAAACCAGAAAAAGGGGCUUAAAUUUAACAAAUCAUGAAACUGAUGAUGGUAAAGAGUGAGGAUAAUCAGAAUAGUACUAGGAGGCGUCGGGUUAGUAUGGCCGCCGACAGUGAAGCUCAAGCCGCGUUAAGGUGUGUUAAGAGACGAAAAAGAGAUAUUCCAACCGAUCAAGUAAUUAGUUGUGAUGAUAACAAACAGGGGACUCAAGCUGAUGAUCAAGCUCCUCCUGCCACCACUACUACUGUCAAAAGAAGCUCGAAAUAUCGGGGUGUUAGUAGACAUAGAUGGACGGGUCGGUAUGAAGCUCAUUUGUGGGAUAAGCUCUCUUGGAAUGUAACACAGAAGAAGAAAGGAAAGCAAGUUUACCUUGGAGCUUAUGAUGAAGAAGAAUCUGCAGCAAGAGCAUAUGAUUUAGCUGCACUUAAGUACUGGGGGACAUCUACUUUCACCAAUUUCCCUAUAUCAGAUUAUGAGAAGGAGAUUGAGAUAAUGGUAACUGUGACCAAAGAGGAGUAUUUAGCCACUUUAAGAAGAAAGAGCAGUGGUUUUUCAAGAGGUGUAUCCAAGUACAGGGGAGUCGCAAGGCACCAUCAUAAUGGUAGAUGGGAAGCAAGAAUAGGAAGAGUUUUUGGAAACAAGUACCUGUAUCUUGGCACAUACAGUACCCAAGAAGAAGCUGCUCGCGCUUAUGACAUAGCAGCCAUAGAGUACAGAGGAAUCAAUGCAGUGACAAACUUCGAUUUGAGCACUUACAUAAGAUGGUUGAAGCCCGAAGCAGCCACCAACCCGGUUAGCGGUUGUGAAUCUUUACCCGAGGUUAUAACAGAACCUCAAACACUCCAAUCCACAGCCAACUACAAUACACCAACAGAUCAAGAUUACAUGAAGUCUAAUAAUGAUUACUUGAAUAAGUACUCUCUAACUCCACCGAAACAGCAACUAGUUUGCCAAACCAAAAGCCCUCUAAUUGGCAGUAGUAUGACUCGCAGCAAGUCUUCUCCUUCUGCUCUUGGCCUCCUUCUUCAAUCUUCGAUGUUUAGAGAAUUGGUGGAGAAGAACUCAAAUGUCUCAGAGUACGAAACAGAUGGAGAUGAGCCGAAGAACCAGCUGCAGGGUGGCUGCAGCAGUGAUGAUGAUGAGUAUGGCGGGUUCUUCUUUGGUGGAAUCAGUGAUAUCCCGUUUGUAUGUGAUCCCAACACGUCGGAUGUCAUACAGAUAGAACAAGAAAAAGGAAUUCACUUUGUUUUGUGAAAGAUCAUUCAUAGCAUCUUUGGCAUUAUUGUGAAGUAUUCAGGUUUUCAUUUUCAGAAGAAAAAAACAGAACAGAAAAUAAUUUUCAUCACUUGUAAAUAAGAGUUUGGUCCAUCAAAAGUCAAAACUAGUAAUGCAGAUGUUAAUAAGGCUUUACUUAAAUUAUGUAGACUUUUUGAUUCAAAUGGAAAAUAUACUGUCUCAUAACUUCACCU